GAUAGUUUAUAUCAAGACGCACAAAACGGGAUCUACGACAUUGGUAUCUAUACUAGAGCGGUAUGGCUACAAGCGGAAUAUGAGCUUUGCCAUGCGAAAAAGUGGACAUAUCAUAUGUGAUAUAAAACUUUUUGAAAAAUCAAUGAUUUAUCAAAUUCCAUUUAGAACGAGACGAGACUUUGACAUGCUUGUCAAUCAUGCUCGAUACAGCCGUCCAGAAAUGGAUAAAGUAGUGCCCCAUGCCAAGUAUAUUUCGAUUAUCCGACACCCGGUCACACAACUUGAAUCUGUAUUUGGUUACUUUGAAGUGGGUUAUCAUCUCGGGAUACCCGGAUCGAACCCCUUCAGAACAUUCAUGUCAAAUCCAAGAAUGUACUACGAACGAAAGGCCAGCGCGUGGCAGAAGAUUCGAAAUGGCCAAUUGUUCGACCUGGGUCUCGAUCACAAGUACGACGAAAAUAAAGGUAAAAUCCAAGAAAAAAUCGACCAACUUUCCAAAGAAAUUGAUUUUAUGCUAAUCAAUGAAUAUUUUGAUGAGUCUCUGAUUAUUUUACGUAAACUCUUUUGCUGGGACUUUGAGGAUAUUUUGUACUUAUCGCAUGGGAUCCGAAGUAAAACUCAUCGGUAUAGAGUGUCAGAGGACCUGGCCGACGAUGUAUUGGAAUGGAACGCAGGAGACGCCAUGCUGUAUAAACAUUUCAACCAAACAUUCUGGGAAAAGGUUAACGAUUACGGACCAGACUUUGAGAAAGAUCUGCAAUAUUUCCAUAGCUUGGAACAGAAAGCAUUUAAUGAAUGCAUCAAUGAAGGCGAAAAGAACCGCAAAGAUAGAAGAGUUGAAAAAUUUAUACUGAAAACAGACUCAUCGAACUUCUGUAAAGAUAUGCUUCGGGACGAUGUGGCCUAUGCAUCGCUGAUUAUGAAGGGUAUGGUGAACAGAGCUGUCCACGAAGCUAAGAAGAGUAAGAAGUGGUCAGACCGCAGCGUGCGCCAAUUCCCACGUAGUUAUGACAAUCAUCGUACUUACGACAAUCGUCGUACUUAUGACAAUCGUCGGAAAAUACGUCCAGACAAGGUCGCUCUUGCGAUCCCAGCACGUAGGAUAAUAAAAUCUAACGGAGCCUCCGAAUUUGACGUAUCUGUAAAGUGAGAGGAUGAGAAAGCAAGAGAUGGGAAGGAUCACAUAAUCACAGCAAAUUAAAAUUGGGAUGAGAAAAAAAUGUGCCACGUUAUAUACAUGUAAUUCGAAGCAAUAGACUAUUUGCAUCAGAAAUACAAGCUGUAAUCAUACUCAUCCCUAGCAUGUUCACGUUUAUGAAACCAUUGAUGUUGUGCUUUAUCUCGUGCCUUAAUUGGGCUUCGAUUUUCCUGACACUUACACUUAUUUUGUAUACAUUGUAUACAUCCGUUUUUUGUUGCAAUUCAUGCCCUCCAACUUAAAUAGGGCCUAAGCAUAUUCAUACAAAUGUUUACACGGUUGCUAUUUCAAGGGGUUUUUGUUUAUAAUAGUAUAAAUUUUAUCGAUGAUUUGUGGUAAAUAAAGUAAUCAAAAUGAUUAUAAGUGUGUGAAGAAGAAUAAGACGAAAGGGAAAAGAAGGAAAAGGAUUAAGACGCA